AUAGCUGAGAUAAUGUCAUCCAAGGCUACAGUCUUCCCACAGAAAGCCCCUGCGUUUCCAGCAGCCUACUCACUCAGGAGGGGUCCUAUCUGGGGAAUUAGAUUAUACUUUAACUAUUCACUGUUACUUUGUUGAAAUAGGAGAGAAAGACACUUUUAAUUAGCUUUACAUAUUUAAACGCGUGUGUAAGCGGGGCCCCUCCUACCACAGUAAUAAAGCUUUCUCCAGCAGUGUGAGUCGGCUGCUGGAAGCAGCGGAGCAGCAGCAAGGGAAAAACACCCAAAUGAACUUUUUCUAACAAUGUGGGAGAGACUGUCCAGGAGUGAGGACAUAUAACUUAUGUGAGGAUAUCAGCUGCUUUGCUUCAGAACAUAGUUUUGUAGUUUUUGUAAGAAGAAGGUGAUGUAGGACGCGUGGUGAAGGAAGCCGUGAUGAAUGCACCCUCCACGGAGCAUGGAGAGGCAUACGCGCCUGUCCUGCAGGGGCUGUGGGAGUAUGUGAGGGCAGAGCAGGAGGAAAUCUUGCUGUCUCCUUACCUGCCCGCGACCUACGCUUUCUUGACGCACGUCCUGCUUUGCGCACCUUUCCUCGCGCUGGACGCACUGGCCAGCGUCUGUCCGCGGGUCCAGAUGUGGAGGAUCCCUACACGCUCGGGUCCGCCGCCGUCUCUCAAACGAUGGUUUGACUGUUUCUGGAGGGUGCUGUACAGAUACCUGACCUCCGUCCUCCCCGCCACCGCGCUGUUUCAGAUUCUGAGGAGCCCCACGUUACCGGAGGUGGCUCCGUCCUGCUGGCGGCUCUUCGUGGAGGUCUUCGCAUGCUUUCUGCUGUUUGACAUGCUCUUCUUCAUAUGGCACUUCUUCAUGCACAGUGUUCACCAGCUGCACCACCAGCACCAUGUAACCUUCGCUCUGGCAGCUCAGGAUGCCAGUGCAGCCGAGCUGCUGUCUCUGCUGCUGCUGGCUCUGAGCAGUGCCUGGGUGGUGGGCUGCCACCCUCUGAGCGAAGCCCUCUUCCACCUCCUCAACAGCUGGCUGGCGGUGGAGGACCACUGUGGCUACGACCUGCCCUGGGCUCUGCACAGACUGCUGCCCUGUCUGGGUGGAGCCCCCUACCACCAAGCCCACCACGUUAUCUUCAGGGGAAACUACGCCCCCUACUUCACACACUGGGACCACCUCUUUGGCACAUACCGUGCAUCAGGGCAGUAUUCACCAGAGUGACAAAACCGUUGCAUGAUGCAGCAAACUGGGGACUGCUGAAGUUUCAGCAAAACUGUCAAGAUGCAAUGAAGGAUGUUUUCUGCAGACUUUGAUUGUUCCUGCUUUUAAUACGCACACUUCACAAAGGACAUGUGUUCCCACAGUUUACAGCAAACCAACCAUUCAGUCAUAUAUCCUGCAGUAUCAAGACAUUUUGAGAGUUGUGACCACAAAAUUCCAUUUAUAAUAAAGAACAAUUCAAAUAUGUAUAAUUAAUUAAUUAUACACUGUGUGUUUCCUUGUCAAUGAUCUCUGAGUUCAGUUGGACGCUCAUCCAAUCCAAUCCAAUCCAACUUUAUUUGUUAAGCACUUUAUCUACAGCUGUUCUACAGCAAGUGAACACAGCACGAGAUGAGGAGAGCGCAGGGAUGACACAAUAAGAAAAAAACAAUGAACAAAUGCCUGAAAUAAUGUGUGACUGAGUUCCCCUCAUGACAUGGGUGUGUCUUUGGAUGGAUUUAAAUGUUUUCAUAUGUUAGGCAGAUAAUAUGUGACAGAUUCAUUUUGGACAAUGAUCAUAUGUUAAAGGGAAAACUACAGAUAUGUUUUAAUGGUUGCAGUGAGCUGAUAUUCACUCAUGCCUGGAUACUUUACAAACAUUUUGAAGAAAUACAGUAGUCUGACAUUUUGAGAUACACUCUUUCUUGCAAAGUUGGAUGAGAAGACUACUCUCAAGUCUGUGCAGUAAACUAGAAGCUACAACUAGCAGCUUAGUUUGGUUUAGCACAAAGACUGAAAACAGCUAAAUUGGCUCAGUGGAGACUCCACCUGGCCACAAAAUAGUCCAGCAUAUAUAACAAUCCAUAUAACCACACAUUUUUGUACAGAUUAAACAAAAGACAUAUAAUGUGUUAACUGGUGACCUUUAGGUCCUGGUUGUUGGGUCUUCUUCCACUUGUUUCUAGUCUUUAUGAUAAGCUAAACUAAACUGGCUGAUCAAUCUUCAAAUCAAAAAUCUAAUUUUCUUGGCAGGAAAGUUAGUCUUGCAGUUUUUUGCAAAACCUCAAUAUUUUAGUGGAACUCUCUACAAUGUAAGAAUAAUGUAAAUGUUUAUAGUGAACAUUCCUGUUUUAGCCAAAGCUGUUGUAUUAUUUGUACCAUAUAUCUUCUUGAUCUUGAUGAACAUUUUGUACAGACUUUGUUAUAUUAAAUGCUAUAUUUGGUCAUUAUACAUGAUGGCAAAGUUUUUUCAUGAAUCCCCAUUUCUGUUAAAAAAAAUCUCAAAAACAUGUUAAACAUUGGGCUUGAUAAGCAUGAGAAAACCUCUGAAAGCGGACUAGGGGUGUUAUUGUUCACGUCGGGUUCAGGUUUCUCUUGUGCUGUUGCGGUUACUGCUUUAUAUGCCCUGGGCCUCUCAGAUGACAACACUCUCUGUAAACUGGUUCCACAGAGAUUCGACUAAAUCAAAACCACAUGUUUUUAGAGAUGAGAAGCCUUUCAGUUACUAUUUGCAAUUGCAACCUUUUCUUUUUAUUACAGAGUCAUUGUCGUCAAAUAAACCCUUAAAAUCUAA